GCCACGGCGAGCAACAUAGUGGUGGGGUCGUACGUGUGGGUGGAAGACGCGCAGAAGGCAUGGAUGCCGGCAGAAGUACUCGGAGUAGACAGCAAGACGGUUACCGUCAAGAUUGGACGGAAGGAGUCCACCCUGAAGCUAACCCACGUGCAUCCCAAGGACCCCGACGCGCCGAGUGGCGGGGUGGACGACAUGACGAAGCUGGCGUACCUGCACGAGCCGGGCGUGCUGAGCAACCUCGCCACGAGAUACGGGCUCGAUGAGAUCUACACAUACACGGGCAACAUCCUGAUUGCGGUGAAUCCGUUUCAGCGGCUGCCGCAUCUGUACAGCCAGCCCAUGAUGGAGCAAUACAAGGGCGUGCGCCUGGGCGAGCUCAGCCCGCAUGUGUUUGCCAUCGCAGAGACUGCUUACAGGACCAUGCUGGACUGUGGCGAGAGCCAGUCCAUUCUGGUGAGCGGGGAGAGCGGGGCGGGCAAGACAGAGACAACGAAGCUCAUCAUGCAGUAUCUGGCCUACAUGGGCGGGCGGGCCACUGAGGGCCGAUCCGUGGAAGCACAAGUGCUGGAGUCAAAUCCCCUCCUAGAAGCCUUUGGAAAUGCCAAGACAGUCAGGAACAACAACUCCAGCCGGUUUGGCAAGUUUGUGGAGAUCCAGUUUGAUGCGGCGGGGCGAAUAUCGGGGGCAGCAGUGCGGACGUACCUGCUAGAGCGAUCCAGAGUGGUGCAGACCUCUGAUCCUGAGCGCAACUACCACUGCUUCUACCAGCUCUGUGCCGGUGCCACCCCUGAGGAAGCAGCAAAAUUAAAGCUCGCCCCCCCAGAGACGUUCCACUACCUCAACCAGAGUUCCUGCUUUGAGCUAACUGGGUACAGCAACAACGCUGACGAGUAUGCUGCCACCCGCAGAGCCAUGGACGUGGUGGGGCUCAGCCAUCUGGAGCAGGACGCCAUUUUCCGAGUGGUGGCAGCAAUCCUGCACCUGGGCAACAUCUCGUUUGCCCCAGGCAAGCAGCCCGACUCAUCCAAGGUGUCGGGCGACAAGGCCAAGUUCCACCUGGAAGCAGCAGCGGAGCUCCUUGGGUGUGACCGGCGGGCAUUGCGGGAGUCGCUGAUCACUCGCACGCUGGUGACUCGCGACGGGAACAUCAAGAGGGAGUUGGAUCCGGCAGCAGCAGUGAUCAGCCGAGACACACUGGCUAAGACAAUCUACUCCAAGCUCUUUGACUGGCUGGUGCACAAGGUGAACGUGUCUAUCGGGCAGGACCCCCAUGCCAAGUCCAUCAUUGGUGUGCUUGACAUCUACGGCUUCGAGAGCUUCCAAACCAACAGCUUUGAGCAGUUUUGUAUCAACCUGGCAAACGAGAAGCUCCAACAACACUUCAACCAGCAUGUGUUCAAGGCAGAGCAGGAGGAGUAUGAGAGCGAGGCAAUAGACUGGAGCUACAUUGAGUUUGUGGACAACCAAGACGUGCUCGAGCUCAUAGAGAAGAAGCCAAUGGGGAUCAUUGCUCUCCUGGACGAACAAUGCAUGUUUCCCAAGUCCAACCACGAGACAUUUGCCACGAAGCUUUACCAGACCGUGGGAGCACACCGGCGCUUUGACAAGCCCAAGCUCUCUCAGACCGACUUCACCAUUGAGCAUUACGCCGGCAAAGUCACAUAUCAAACGGACCUCUUUCUGGAGAAGAACAAGGACUAUGUGGUGAUGGAGCACCAGGCGCUGCUGGGAGCGUCAGUAGACCCCUUUGUGGCGGCACUCUUCCCCAUGCCCUCGGGGGACAAGGCCAAGACCAAGUUCACGUCCCUGGGAUCGGGAUUCAAGCAACAACUGGCGGAGCUGAUGUCAACACUAAGCCACAUGGACCCACACUACGUGCGAUGUGUGAAGCCCAACGGGCAGUACAAGCCGGGGUAUUUUGAGAACCCGAGCGUCAUCCACCAACUGAGAUGCGGGGGCGUGCUGGAGGCCAUUCGAAUCAGCUGUGCGGGCUACCCCACUCGCCGCCCCUUUGACGAGUUCCUCGACAGAUUCUCUGUUCUCGCGCCGGACCUCUGUGAUGGGAGAAGAUACGACGACAAGAGUGCCAUUACCCUCAUGCUGCAGCGACUGGGCUUCACCAACUUCCAGGUGGGGAGAACCAAGGUCUUUUUGAGAGCAGGGCAGAUGGCGGACUUGGACGCACUGAGGGCGGAGAGGCUGGGGUGCGCAGCGCGGGUGAUUCAGCGCGCGUGGGGGUCGUGGCGGCAGUUCAUGCGGUUCAACAUGCUGCGAUGGGCCGUGAUCCGCAUACAGGCACGGUGGCGAGGUCACCUGACCAGGCAGUACUACAGCUGGCUGCGAGAAGAAGCGGCAGCAGUGACGAUUCAGAAGCACGUGCGACGGUACACCACGCAGCUCGCCUACGAGCACACGCGCUACAGUGCCAUCAUCAUCCAGGCGGCGUUCCGCGGCAUGUUGUGCCGCAAGUGGGUGCGGGAGAUCCGAGUGCAGCGGGCAGCAACGAGGAUACAGGCGGCCUGGCGAGGCUAUGUGGAUCGAAUGGACUUCCUUCGUGCGCGCUGGAGCGCUGUGGUCAUUCAGAGCGUGUGGCGAGCGAGACAGGCACGCAGGCUGCUGAGACAACUGCGAGUGGAGGCAAGGCAGGCAGGGGCGCUGAGGGAGGCCAAGUCGAAGCUGGAGAAGCAGCUAGAGGAGCUGACGUGGCGCCUGCAGCUGGAGAAGCGCAUGCGGCUGGACCUAGAGGAGGCAAAGGCCGCCGAGAUCCAACGGCUGCAAGCGCAAGUGGAAGAUCUACGGUCCGAGCUCGACGACACACGAACCCGGCUAGAGAGCCAAGUAGACGACACCAGGCGGCAGCUAGACGAGUCCCAAGGCAGGCUAGAAGAAGCACAGGGGCGAUUGGAGGAAGCACAAGCGAGGUUGGAGGAGGCACAGGGGAAGGUGGAACAGGCAGAGGCAGAGGUGCGGCAGCUGAGGGAGCAGAGCGAGCGAAUGGCGGAGGAGAGUGCCAGGCUGGCGCAACAGCUGGCGGAGCGGCCAGUGGUGGCGGGUGCUGGUGGUGCUGGUGGUGGUGUUGGGAGUUGGGGGCGAGGGAGUGUGGAGUCUGGUAGAGGGGCGUCGGCUGCUGCUGCGUCUGUGUCAUCAGCAUCGUCAGCGAGAGCAGCAGGGGAGAGUGCGGGGAGACCUGCUGGGGAGGGUGAUGGCGAGCUGCAGCAGGAGAACGUGCAGCUCAAGUCGCUGUUGGCAGAAUCAAAGGGGCGUCUGGCUCGUUACGAGGCCGAGGUGGCCGGGCAGGUACAGGAGAAGACAGCACGGAGCGAGCGGGAAUUGGAGCAGACCCAAGCGGAUCUAAAGCGAGUACAGGAGCUUUACUCGCGGAUGGAGAGAGAAAACCAAGCACUGCGGCAGCAGCAAGCACUCUCAGGCCCAGACAGAGGAGGAGGCGGAGGAGCAGCAGUGGGAGCAGGGAGAAAUGGAGAGCAAGGAGCAGCAGGGGCUUUGGCGGUGCAAUCCCCGCAGCAAAACGGGCUGGCCCCCAGCCUGGGCUUUGGAUCACCGAGCCAGAGCCAUGGGUCGUCGAGCCAGAGGCUCGGGUCGCCGGACUCUCCUGUCCCGUUGGCGCUCACCCCGGCGAGUGGGAACGGCAGCAGAGGGGGAGUGGCGGGAAUGUCGCCUCUGGGGAGCGUGUCUGGUGAAGGAGGGGAGAGCAGGUGGUUUUAUCGCGUGCAGUCUGAACGGCACUCGCAAGAGCAGGAGGCAUUAUUGAAGGCCCUCUCAGCCACGAGUCUCGGCUACAGCAACAAACGCCCCCUAGCCGCCUGCAUAGUCUACAAAUGCCUCCUGCACUGGCGGGCAUUUGAAGCCGAGCGAACAAGCAUUUUCGACCGAAUCAACCGCACUAUCAGAUCAGCUGUUGAGGAGGAUGAUAAGGCGCUGGCAGCACUGGGGAGUGGAGGGGUGCUGAGCGGUGGAGGGGGGUUGGGAGGGAAGAGCAUGGGGCGGCUGGCGUAUUGGCUGUCCAACACUUCGUGCCUGCUGGUACUGCUGCAGCGGACGCUCAAGGCCAGUGGGGGGGGGCAGGCUGGGCCGUCAGGGAGGAGGAGAAGUGCGCAAGGAGGGGGGACUAGUGGGAGGAUGGCUCAGAUGGGCCCUCAAAUGGGAUAUCCGCCGUCCCCCCCUCUGCCGGAUGGGUCAAGCUCGUUGAAACUGGUAGAAGCCAAGUACCCCGCGCUGCUGUUUCGGCAGCAGCUCACCGCGUAUGUGGAGAAGGUGUUUGGGCUGAUCAGAGACAACCUCAAGCGGGACAUCUCGCCCAUCCUGGGGCAGUGCAUUCAGGUGGGUUUAAGCCUGGGCUGUGCAUUCAGGUGGGUUUAA